AUGAAAACGAGAAAAGCCGAAUGCAUUGCUUCGGCAGCUAAACUGAUUGCUUUGGUUGUGUUGAUUCUUACAACUGCCAAUAUUCUGGCGUUGCGAUCCUUGUUCUCUUUGCCUAUGCCUGGCGAUGGUUUUGAUUUUGAUGAGUACAAAGGGAGGCUCGUUGAAGUUUCCGGCAAAAAAGGCGCUAAAAAACAAAAUAUCAGUGGAUUCUUCGAGGGCAUAGAUACCUUAUACAAGAGUGCAGAAACGCUGGAAUCGGAAACAAGAAGCAUCCAAGCCAGUGUAACAGCAACUUCCCUUUUAUCAAAGGGAUCGUCCACUCGUUCUAUUGUCGUUGUACGGGCCAUCGGGAAUCCCCUUUCUUCGACCAACUCAUUGAACAAAACACUACGAAUUCUCGAAUAUAUUCUUGAAAACGAGCCUUCCUUUCCCAAUACAACCCGUCAUUGGUUUUUGAAUCGAAUUACUGAUGCGAAGGUCGAGAAGGCAGUCAUCCAACGCUUAAAGUCUUGUAAUGAAACGUACACAAUCAUCCCUUUUUCGCUUCGCGAAUACGACAGCAUUUUGUAUUCUUUUGACAGUAAGGAUUCAAUUCAUUCGAGGCACUAUAUCAAACUCUCGACGGAAGAAAAGGCUGCGACGCUUGUUGAACAAAGUGUGCAACACAACAAAAUCCGAUAUGUUACCAACAUCAAUGGCGCGAGAAAUGCCAUGCUACGCUAUGGCAAAGAGAAUAGCGCUGCGGAAUUUAUUCUUCCAUGGGAUGGACACUGUUUUCUCACGCAGGAAGCUUGGAAUGCGAUCCAGUUGUCUAUGCAAAAGUAUCCGAGAGCAAAAUAUUUUACUUCACCCAUUCAUCAACGCGAAGGAUCUUUCGAUACCAAUGUCACAGCAGAGCCACAAAUUGCAUUUCAUCGUACGGCCCUGGCGCAAUACAACGAAUAUCUUCGGUUCGGCCGCCGCGAUAAAGCGGAGCUAUUGACCCGAAUCGGCGUCGAAGGACGAUGGGACGAGGGUAUUCCUUGGGAAGACUGGGAACUUAACUUCGUAAACCGUGAGCAAGCGGCCGAUUCCGUAAACGGCGUUCCAGUUGCGGGUUGGGCAGCUUGUAUACAUUCUGGAAUCGAAAAUGGCGACAAACUGGGAACACAAUUACUAAAACUGAACCGACCCGGUCAAGAACUAUCUGCCCAGCUGGUUAGGUUGGAUCUCCGAGCGUCACAGGAGCUUUAUGGGCUAUCAUCUUCAACACUAUUGUACUACACAGAGAGCCAACUAGCAGAGGAGAGUAAGAUGUGGAAUGCUGGUUACCAUCCAGCUCCUGUGAAAGAGCUUUUGGAACGGGCAAAUAGAGCAUUAUCGUUCGGACCAUGGUCAGUGAUGGACAAGCGUCGGUUCAGCUGCGGCGUUUCUGAUGAUUGUCAUGAUUACUUCCAUGUGUCACCAUAUCAAUGGCCUACGUUGAACAGCUCAGGAAACACAGACUAUUCGAAACCAUUUGUUCUACGAGAUGGUGAGCGUGUGCCUGGAACCGUCGCAUUUAGUGAAGGGAGCGAAAAAUAUGAUCGGACAAAAUUGAUGGCAAUGAAGUUUAACACUACUGUCUUGGCCUUGGCGUACGCGGUAACUGGAAACACUACGUACGCCCACCGGGCAGCGGAAAACCUACGCCAUUGGUUCAUCUACAAUGAGACAAGAAUGAGUGCAAACUUGAAAUUCGCUCAGGUCAAAUGGAACGAAAAAAGACGAGAAAUGGUUGGGUCCCCAUCUGGCUUGAUCGAAAUGAAGGAUCUAUAUUUCUUUUUGGAUGGGGUGAAACUCAUUGAAAAGUCUGGCGCGCUAUCUAAAUCUGAGAUUGACCAGCUACGCAAUUGGUUUGCAGACUAUCUUCAGUGGUUGCUUUCCAGUGAUCAGGGUCGGUGGCAGAUUUCUGCCGACAAUAAUCACGGUCUGUUUUUCGAUGUUCAAGUGGCACCACUUGCGCUGUACGCUGGUAAUCUACCACUUGCAAUCACGCGAAUGCAUCGGUCGAUUUCUCGCAUUCGACGGCAGAUGAAUGCCACCACGGGAGCCCUACCACACGAAUUGAGACGGCCAAUUUGCGAGCAUUACCAGGCAUUCACACUCCAGGGAUGGACUACAAUGGCAAGAAUGGCGGAAAAGAUUGGCUUGAACUACUGGAAACGAUUUGCAGAUUCAGAUGUUCCAAGUGCAGAGACGGCUCUUUGUCGAGCAGUGCGUUAUGCGAACCCGUAUUUAUCUCAUCGUGGCGUAUGUCCCGGUAACAUUGACGAUAUCAACGUGAGGCGUUGGCAACCAAUACUCGUGGAUGCACUGCACCACUGCCCUAUGCUAGAUCACGAAUUGACGUCAGGACACCACAGCGUCCUGAUCCCCCCUGAACUAAUAGAUCCACCUUUGAAUCACUACGAGAUUCCUGGAUUGUUCAACAUGUCAGACGGGAUAGGGCCUUUUUGGAACUUGGGAUUGUUUUAA